AUGUCGACACUUACUGCCGACCUCCUCGCGGACCUUCAGACGCCCCACGAUCUCACGAUAUCUUCUUCGGGAGACUACGUCGCGUACAACUUGCGGUCGGAUUGGUGCAAAACGCCGAAACAAUGGUUCUCUUCGGUCUGGUUGGCUCCCUUCGACAAAGCAAAGUCCGCUCGUCAAUUGACCUCUGCGAGUAAACAAUGCUUGUAUGCGAACUGCCAGUUCUCGCCCGUGGACGAUGCAGUGCUUGCCGUUCUCACCGACAGGGGCAAGGAGGACGGAUCGUUUAUCGGAAUCAACCUCCUUCGGCUCGACAAGGAAUUACACGCGGAAGAGAUUGCACUUACGCCGUCUGACUUGGAACAGGCCAUUACCAAGUUUUGCUGGAGCCCCGAUGGCAAAUACAUCGCUUACCUGAGUCCGGAUGAGAAAAGUCCUGACAUGAAGUCCCGACAUGAGAGAGGUGAUGACGAGCAAGUGUAUGCGGAACACUGGGACUUGAAUCGUCUCCGGAUCGUCGAGGUUGCCUCUCAGAAACUUACCACGCUUGUCUCCAAAGAAUCACACGUUUACGACCUCGCAUGGUGCCCCGACUCCACAUCCAUUGUGUAUGCCACAACAAACACCCCCGAACUUGGUUCUCCAGUGACCUAUGGGAGUAUACUUGAACUUGUCCCUCUGGCAGGUAGGGAUACUACGGAGAUGGUCCGCUUCCCGAAUGGUGUUGUGGAUCUGGUUUGGGAACGUGACUCCUUGUGGUGGCGUUCAAAUUACGACCUGUCGCAUCCCGUUGGUCUGGGCUCAAUGUGCGUCUACGGCAUGGACUUGAACUCGGGCCAGUGGACCGUCAAGGGAUCGGGCAGCGAUGACAGUGCCACAGGUUGGAUACUUGGUCCGUCAGUGCGGCAUGGCCCUUCAGGGCUGCUCGUGGCAGUGCAACAUGGCUUGUCUGAUGUUAUCCACGAGUUGCCAAGCUGGAACAUCGUCCACGCCUCGCAGGAGAGCGACAUUCGUGCCUGGGAUGUAUGGGCGAAGGGCAACAGGACCAUUGUCGCCUUGACCAAGAGCACGUCGUCUAGCCCCGAGGAGGUGUACGUGAUCGUGGACGGCAAGGAGUCUUGUCUCUCUGACCACGGCAGAUUCGUACGAGAAGUUGGCGACAUUGCUUCUGCAAAGACUGUUCGUGCAACAGCCCAAGACGGUACCAUGGUGGAAGGAGUAUUCGUCACUCCAUCGGAGAGGAGAUACAAGAUGCCUCCGGCCGGAUGGCCAACAGUGGUCAUUCCCCACGGCGGUCCUUCUUGCAGAGUCGCCCUUGGCUUUGACGUUUGCUUUGAGAACCUUGCUCCCUGGCUCGCAUACCACGGCUACGCUGUGCUCUCGCCCAAUUUUCGUGGCAGCACCGGAAGAGGAGAGAAGUUCGUGUCGGACAUGCUGGGACGUCCUGGGACCAAGGACUACAGCGAUGUGAUCGACAUACUCCAGUCCACGAUCGCGGAUGGCCUGGUCGAAGCCGCGAGAGUCGGCAUUUACGGCUGGUCCUACGGCGGUUGUCUUGCGUUCAUGGCUGUGACCAGGGAUGAGACGUUCCAUUUCGCCGCAGCGGGCGCGCUGUGCGGUGGUACUGACUGGGACAUUGGCGUGAUGAGCUCGGACACUCCGAUCUAUGCCAUCUGCCUCGGGGGCCGUGCACCGUGGAAUGUGACCCCGGACGACACCUGGAACCGCAAAAGCAGCCCCGUCUGGCAUAUGGCCACCAGCAAGAUCACGACGCCGGUGCUGAUGUUGCAGGGUGGGGAGGACGACAGGGUACAUGUUACUCAUGCACGCGCAUUCCACCAUGGGUGCCUCGCCCACGGGUACGAGUGUGAAUAUGUUCUCUAUCCCAGAGAAGGACACGGUAUCCCGCCGUGGGAACGGGCUCAUUACAUCAAUCGCCUAGAGAGACUGCGUAAUUGGUUUGUAAAGUACCUGGGCAAAAGCGAGAAGACCUAG